CACAUCUUUAUUUUUUUCCUCUCAAAGGCCCUUCCUUCUUCCAUGAUUAUAGUAGCAGUUUAUUGUCCUGUGAUAGCUGCUGUUUUCAUUGUUCUGAAGAUGGUCAACUAUCGACUCCACAGAGCACUGGAUGCUGGAGAAGUUGUAGAUAGGAAUGCAAAUGAGUUCAAAGAUCAGCGAGCCAAAGCUGAGCAAGGCAACUGUUCAAUCAGGAGAAAAGACAGCAAUGGACCGAGUGAUCCUGGUGGAGGUAUUGAAAUGUCCGAGUUCAUUCGAGAGGCCACACCACCAGUUGGUUGCAGUUCAAGAAAUUCUUAUGCUGGCCUAGAUCCAAGCAACCAGAUUGGAUCUGGUUCUUCUCGUCUUGGAACAGCAACAACUAUUAAAGGAGAUACAGACACUGCUAAGACUUCUGAUGAUAUCAGUUUAAGUCUGGGCCAGAGCUCUAGUCUUUGUAAGGAAGGAAGUGAAGAACAAGAUUUGGCAACUGAUCGGAAGCUCUUCCGUUUGGUCUCCAAUGAUUCCUUCAUCUCCAUUCAGCCUUCCUUGUCCUCUUGUGGACAGGACUUGCCAAGGGACUGCAGCGACAAAGUGAGCCUGCCAAGUCACAGCCACCACCACGUCGAUCAGUCUCUGUCUAGCGCCUGUGACACAGAAGUAGCUUCUCUCGUCCCUUUACAUUCACACUCUUACAGGAAAGAGCACCGGCCACGAGGUGUACCACGGACCUCUAGCUCUGCUGUGGCUUUUCCAGAUACUUCACUGAAUGACUUCCCUCUGUAUCAGCAAAGACGUGGGUUAGACCCAGUGAGUGAGUUAGAAUCUUCCAAACCUCAUUCUGGAUCCAAAGAAUCCUUGGUGGAAAAUUCUCAUUUAUCUGGGGAAUUUCAGCUUGUUGGUGAGCUGAAAAACAGUCAUUCUCAGCCACCUACAAAAAGUGGGAAGAGCAAGCCUUUGAAAGCAGACAAAAGUAUGGACAGCUUGAGGAGCCUGAGCACACGGAGUAGUGGGUCAACAGAGAGCUAUUGCAGUGGAACGGACCGUGACACUAACAGCACUGUCAGCAGCUAUAAAAGUGAACAGACUAGCUCAACUCACAUAGAGAGCAUCUUGUCAGAGCACGAGGAGUCUCCUAAAGUGGGAAAGAGAAGUGGUAGGAGAAAAGAAUGCUGUGCCGAACCAGAGGAUAAGAGUAGCUGUUCCAGUGACAAAAGGACUAGUAGUGAAAAGACUGCCUUGGAAGUGAGUACAAACAAUGAGGUUCAAGAGGCCAAGGAUUCAAAUACCGCUGAUGAUGUGCACGAUCAGAGAGGUCUCAGCCCCUCUGCAUCGGAAGAAGCCAACAAAAACCCCCACGCAAACGAAUUCACUUCUCAGGGGGACGGACCCCUGGGGAAAACUGCCGACAACAAGGAGGAGCAGAGUGAUAAGUCUGCUGUUUCAGAGGACUCAAAAGUUGCGAAAGACGGUGGAAAGCAAAAGGAAGGGGAUGUAAGACCUAAAUCGUCCAGCUUAAUCCAUCGGACAGCCUCUGCCCAUAAGUCGGGCAGGAGACGGACAGGGAAAAAACGGGCCAGCAGUUUUGAUUCAAGUCGGCAUAGGGACUAUGUUUCCUUUCGAGGUGUUGCUGGUACCAAGCCACACAGUGCUAUAUUCUGUCACGAUGAGGACUCCAGUGACCAGAGUGACUUGAGCAGAGCAUCGAGUGUUCAGUCUGCUCACCAGUUCAGCAGUGAUAGCUCUUCUAGCACCACUUCUCAUUCGUGUCAAUCUCCUGAGGGAAGAUACAGUGCUCUCAAGACUAAACAUAUCCCUAAAGAAAAGGGCACUGACUCUGAGCACACACACAAAGCUCAUUUGGGUCCUGAAGGAACUGGCAAAAAGCGGACAACACGUCGGACUUCUAGCACAAAUAGUGCCAAGACUCGGGCCCGAGUGCUGAGUCUGGACAGUAGCACAGUGGCAUGUUUGAAUGACUCCAAUAGGCUAAUGGCACCCGAAAGUAUAAAACCCUUAACCACUUCAAAGUCAGACCUCGAGGCCAAAGAAGGAGAGGUGCUAGAUGAGCUAUCUUUACUGGGACGGGCUUCCCAGUUAGAGACAGUCACUCGAUCUAGGAAUAGCUUGCCAAGCCAAGUUGCAUUUCCUGAAGGUGAAGAGCAAGAUGCAGUCAGUGGAGCACAGGCCAGCGAGGAGGCCGUGGCAUUUCGCCGUGAACGCAGCACAUUUAGGCGCCAGGCAGUACGGCGCCGGCACAAUGCAGGGAGUAACCCUACCCCUCCUACAUUGCUCAUCGGAUCACCCCUAAGCCUUCAAGAUGGGCAGCAAGGCCAGCAGUCCACAGCCCAGGUCAAAGGCCAGUCCCGCCCCCCUUCCCAGGCUGCAGUGCUCAGUGCUAGUGCCUCCUUGCUGGUGAGAAAUGGGAGUGUCCACUUAGAAGCAUCACAUGACAAUGCAUCUGCUGUAGGCGGCAGCAGUUUGCACGAUGAACUUGGUAAAUUCUCUUCUACGCUUUAUGAGACUGGUGGCUGUGAUAUGUCACUUGUGAAUUUUGAACCAGCAGCAAGAAGAGCAUCCAAUAUCUGUGAUACCGAUUCUCAUGUAUCCAGUUCUACCUCAGUUCGAUUUUAUCCACACGACGUGCUCUCUCUCCCACAGAUUCGAUUGAAUAGACUCUUAACCAUCGAUACAGAUUUGUUGGAGCAACAAGACAUUGAUCUAAGCCCAGACCUGGCAGCUACUUACGGUCCAACAGAAGAUGCUGCCCAAAAGAUUAAACACUAUUACCGCUUUUGGAUCCUGCCCCAGCUAUGGAUUGGCAUUAACUUUGACAGACUCACACUUUUGUCCUUGUUUGAUAGGAAUCGUGAGAUUCUGGAAAAUGUGUUAGCUGUCAUCCUUGCUAUUCUUGUAGCAUUUUUGGGAUCUAUUCUUCUCAUACAAGGCUUCUUCAGAGAUAUCUGGGUCUUCCAGUUCUGCCUGGUGAUAGCCAGCUGUCAAUACUCACUACUUAAGAGUGUUCAGCCAGAUUCUUCUUCCCCCAGACAUGGUCAUAAUCGUAUCAUUGCCUACAGUAGACCAGUUUAUUUCUGUUUAUGUUGUGGUCUUAUUUGGCUCUUGGAUUAUGGAAGCAGAAACCUUACUACAACCAAGUUCAAAUUAUAUGGAAUAACUUUUACCAAUCCACUGGUGCUUAUAUCAGCCAGGGAUUUAGUUAUAGUGUUUACACUCUGUUUCCCAAUAGUAUUUUUCGUUGGUCUCCUGCCUCAGGUGAAUACAUUUGUAAUGUACCUUUGUGAACAAUUGGAUAUUCAUAUCUUUGGUGGUAAUGCCACUACCAGCCUGCUUGCAGCACUCUACAGUUUCAUCUGUAGCAUUGUGGCAGUGGCCCUACUGUAUGGGUUGUGUUAUGGCGCUUUAAAGGAUUCUUGGGAUGGCCAGCAUAUUCCAGUACUUUUCUCUGUUUUCUGUGGUUUGUUAGUGGCAAUAUCCUAUCAUCUCAGCCGACAAAGCAGUGAUCCAUCUGUACUUUUCUCUUUGAUGCAAUCUAAGAUUUUCCCAAAAACAGAAGAGAAAAAUCCAGAAGACCCUCUGUCUGAAGUAAAAGAUCCACUGCCUGAAAAACUUAGAAACUCCAUUAGUGAACGUUUACAAUCUGACCUAGUCGUAUGCAUUGUAAUUGGUGUGCUGUAUUUCGCUAUUCAUGUAAGCACAGUGUUUACAGUAUUGCAGCCUGCUCUCAAGUAUGUGUUGUAUGCACUGGUUGGCUUCGUGGGUUUUGUAACCCAUUACGUGCUGCCUCAAGUUAGAAAACAGCUACCGUGGCACUGUUUCUCUCACCCUCUGCUGAAGACAGUGGAGUACAACCAAUAUGAAGUUCAAAAUGCAGCCACUGUAAUGUGGUUUGAGAAACUUCAUGUGUGGCUUCUUUUUAUGGAGAAGAAUAUCAUCUAUCCAUUGAUUGUUCUUAAUGAACUGAGUAGCAGUGCAGAGACAAUUGCUAGUCCAAAAAAACUGGAUACAGAACUAGGUGCUUUAAUGAUCACCAUUGCUGGUCUGAAGUUGCUCCGAUCCUCCUUUAGCAGCCCUACGUAUCAGUAUGUCACAGUUGUCUUCACUGUGCUCUUUUUCAAAAUUGACUAUGAAGCGUUUUCAGAGACCAUGCUAUUGGAUCUGUUCUUCAUGUCCAUACUCUUCAACAAGCUUUGGGAGCUCCUUUAUAAACUGCAGUUUGUGUACACUUACAUUGCCCCAUGGCAAAUUACAUGGGGUUCUGCUUUCCAUGCUUUUGCUCAGCCCUUUGCAGUGCCCCAUUCAGCCAUGUUGUUUGUUCAGGCUGCUGUAUCAGCCUUCUUUUCCACACCACUGAACCCCUUCCUGGGAAGUGCAAUAUUCAUCACUUCAUAUGUUCGACCUGUGAAAUUCUGGGAGAGAGACUAUAACACAAAACGAGUGGAUCAUUCAAAUACCAGAUUGGCUUCCCAGCUUGAUAGAAACCCAGGAUCAGAUGACAACAAUCUGAAUUCCAUCUUUUAUGAACAUUUAACCAGAUCCCUACAACACAGUCUCUGUGGUGAUUUGCUCCUAGGACGGUGGGGAAACUACAGUACAGGGGACUGUUUCAUUCUUGCCUCUGACUACCUCAAUGCAUUAGUACACCUUAUAGAGAUCGGCAACGGGCUGGUCACUUUCCAGCUGCGGGGACUUGAAUUCAGAGGUACUUACUGUCAACAGCGGGAAGUAGAGGCUAUAACUGAAGGUGUGGAAGAAGAUGAAGGGUUUUGCUGUUGUGAACCCGGCCAUGUUCCUCAUGUGCUGUCAUUCAAUGCUGCAUUUAGCCAGCGCUGGCUGGCCUGGGAAGUCAUAGUCACCAAGUACAUUCUGGAGGGUUACAGCAUCACUGACAACAGUGCUGCUUCUAUGCUUCAAGUCUUUGAUCUUCGAAAAGUACUCACCACUUACUAUGUCAAGGGAAUCAUCUAUUACGUUACAACCUCUUCUAAGCUAGAAGAGUGGCUAGCUAAUGAGACAAUGCAGGAGGGACUACGUCUGUACGCGGAUCGAAAUUAUGUGGAUGUGGACCCGACAUUUAAUCCCAACAUUGAUGAAGACUAUGACCAUCGACUGGCGGGCAUAUCCAGGGAGAGUUUCUGUGUGAUUUACCUCAACUGGAUCGAGUAUUGCUCUUCCCGAAGGGCAAAGCCACUGGAUGUGGACAAAGAUUCCUCCCUGGUGACUCUUUGUUAUGGACUCUGUGUUCUGGGACGAAGAGCUCUGGGGACUGCAUCCCACCAUAUGUCCAGUAAUUUAGAGUCAUUCCUCUAUGGAUUGCAUGCCCUGUUUAAGGGAGAUUUCCGUAUUUCUUCAAUUCGAGACGAAUGGAUCUUCGCUGACAUGGAAUUACUAAGAAAAGUAGUAGUCCCUGGAAUCCGUAUGUCCAUUAAACUUCAUCAGGAUCAUUUCACUUCUUCAGAUGAGUACGAUGACCCCACAGUGCUCUAUGAAGCCAUUGUAUCUCAUGAGAAAAACCUCGUAAUAGCCCACGAAGGCGACCCUGCGUGGCGGAGUGCGGUCCUCGCCAACUCUCCCUCCUUGCUCGCCCUGCGGCAUGUCAUGGAUGACGGCACCAACGAGUAUAAAGUCAUCAUGCUCAACAGACGCUACCUGAGCUUCAGGGUCAUUAAAGUGAAUAAGGAAUGUGUCCGAGGUCUUUGGGCGGGGCAACAGCAGGAGCUUGUAUUUCUACGGAACCGUAACCCCGAGAGAGGUAGCAUCCAAAAUGCAAAGCAGGCUCUGAGAAACAUGAUAAACUCAUCUUGUGAUCAACCUAUUGGCUACCCGAUCUUUGUCUCACCCCUGACAACUUCUUACUCUGACAGCCACGAACAGCUUAAAGAAAUUCUUGGGGGACCUAUCAGUUUGGGAAACAUCAGAAACUUCAUAGUGUCAACCUGGCACAGGUUGAGGAAAGGUUGUGGGGCUGGAUGUAACAGUGGUGGCAAUAUUGAAGAUUCUGAUACUGGAGGGGGAACUUCUUGCAUUAGCAACAAUGCACCAAUUGCCAAUGACCCCCACAGCACCGUGUCCCAAGGAAGCAUCGGAAACACAGGCCGGGGAUCUGGAGCAGGACUCCAUCCGCCCGUCACGGCUUACCCUCCAGCACUCGGCACUAGCCACAGCACUCACUCUGUGCAGUCAGGCCUGGUCAGACAGUCCCCAGCACGGGCCUCCGUAGCCAGCCAGUCUUCCUACUGCUACAGCAGCCGGCAUUCGUCCCUCCGGAUGUCCACCACAGGAUUUGUGCCUUGUCGGCGUUCCUCUACCAGUCAGAUAUCGCUUCGAAACUUACCGUCCUCCAUCCAGUCCCGCCUCUCCAUGGUGAACCAGAUGGAACCCUCCGGUCAGAGCGGCAUGGCCUGUGUGCACCAUGGUCUGCCUUCUUCCAGCAGCUCCAGCCAAAGCAUCCCGGCCUGCAAGCAUCACACUCUCGUGGGCUUUCUUGGGACAGACGGGGGUCAGAGCAGUAGUGCUCCUGAUGCACCGCCAGGCAACACCUUAAGUCCUGCCAAUAAUGCACACGCCAAAAAGGGGGAGGUGAUUUACAGAGUCCAAAUUGUGGAUCCCAGUCAAAUUCUGGAUGGGAUCAACCUGUCAAAAAGGAAAGAGCUGCAGUGGCCUGAUGAGGGUAUUCGGUUAAAAGCUGGGAGAAACAGCUGGAAAGACUGGAGUCCUCAGGAGGGUAUGGAAGGCCAUGUGAUUCACCGAUGGGUGCCUUGCAGCAGAGACCCAGGUACUAGGUCCCACAUUGACAAGACAGUACUUCUGGUCCAGAUCGAUGAUAAGUACGUGACUGUGGUGGAAACCGGGGUGCUUGAACUUGGGGCUGAAGUGUGAGCCAGUGUUUUGUAACUACGUUUCUUGCCCCUGUCAAUUCCGAGACGUUGGAGAAAGAGAGGCGAGAGCAGAGGACGCCUACAGGGAUCUUUCCAUCCCAAAAGGAGAGACUUUAACACAGAAUGGGCUUGGCUAAGCGCCUCUCCUUCGCCCUUCGCCUUGACUCCUGUGACUGUCUUCAUCCCCAAAUAAAGCUGAAAUAUUUUUUUAAGUUAGCUGCUGAGAAAACAUUUUGCAUGAAGGAUCAAGUUCUGUUAAAAUACAUCCUUUAAGAGUUUUUUCAUAUUCAUUGCCUAUGCUUUAAAUCAACAAACUCUUAAUUUCUAAACUUCGCCGAUCUUAUAUUUUCUCAUUUCUUUGCCAAAAAUAAUUGCCAUGUUUUGUCAUAGAACAUGAAAUCCAUUUACUUUGAUUUUUAAAAACAGAUCCGUGUAGAAACCUUCAGUUGGACAUAGAGCAGUAUAAAGGCUUAAUGUACAGUGAGAGACUAUGAACAGACAUAUUUAUCUUAUUCCUUGAGCGCUAAAAACUUUAAUGAAGAAAAACUGCACUAAUUUUUUACAACAAUGCACUAAAGUCUGAGAUUUUUCAGAACAUUUAUUUAUAUAUAAAAAUAAAAUACCAUUAUUUAAAUUGACUUUGGGAUUAACCCCUUCCCCUCCCUUAUAAACAUACGUAUCAGGAACUAUGCUGCCCAUUUUUCUGUUAAUAGUCUGUGCUUGAUGCCAGUACAUUGGAGGCUGUCUUUGAAAUGAAUACUAAAUCUCAAGAGAGAAUAGCGUCAUGAUUGACAUUUCCCGGAGCCAGUCCUGCGCACACUCUGCCAGCUCCCGAGUCUGCAUCGUGGGUGAGCUCCAGCGGUGGGCCCCAGGUCCUUGCUGCUCUCCAUCGGCACACUCUCGGGGCCAGUCCUGGGAAGGAAGCACUUGUGCUUUUCAAAGAAAAAGAUGAGCGUCCAGGAAUUUAAAGAGAGGAUUGAUUGCCUUUUAUUUUAAGAGUUCUUAGCUCUUGAAGUUAUUUACAUGCAGUUCAGUUAAGUAAAGUUUUUUCAAACAAAAUUAUCCAAACGGUGCAGUCCUUAUUGUUAUAUCCCUCUUUAAUAACUUCUUUAAUUUUUCUCUCCUUUUUCUAUUACUUGAAUUUUAUUUCCUAUAAUUUAUAGUGUUUAGCUGUAAUUUGAAAUAUUUAUAACUGUAAAUUGACUUAAUUCAUAUGUUGUCUCAUAACAUAAAUUUUAUUUUUUUAAAUGCAUGUAUUCAGGGAAAUUUAUAUGAUUUACAAUUGGGCUGGGUGGGAACUGCAAUUUAGAUUUGUCAACUGUUGGCAUUUUUUAAAUUCUUCUGAAAAUUUUCCCUUGUUAAGUGAAAAAGAAGACUGUACAUUUCUUCUGAGCGUUUAAGAGCAGCCGUCUUUCUACCGCCUGAAUGGACAGUCAGAGGAGGUGAAAUUAAUCUUCAUCAAGCGUUCUACGUAACCUACUAUAUCCAAAGUAUUACAGUCUCAGCCUGUGGCGCUAGCCCAUUUCAAGUGCUCUCUAGACACUGCCUAGUGGCUACUGUAUUGGACAUCGUGGGUUUAAAGUCUCUUUUUUAUGAGGUGACAGGAGAGAGAAGCUGUUUUUCCCACUAAUUGUAAUAUAGAUCUUACAGUGUAGCAUAGCACUUCAGUAGAAGGAAUGAAAACUAAGGAAGGAAAUAAAUAAAUGCUUCUUACUGCAUUUCCACUUAAAAUCUAUUUCUUUUUCCUUUUUCUAAUUUAACAUUCUUGUGGUUAUUCAGGACCCAAUGUGCCUUGUGUUAACAUUUCCAGACUUCACACUUUGUAAAAUUUACUGUUUAAAAACAUUUGUCAAUGAUUUUGUAAACCUUUGCACAAAGGUACCCUUUCUAAAUUGACCAAUCAAAAUGUGUUUCCCUGAUACUGUCACUGUAUUCUAUAUUUGCCUUUUUUUUUUUUUUUUUUUUUUUGGCAGUUCUGUAGUAUGCCAUUAAAGUUCAGGCUCUUUUUUUUCUUCUUCUGAAAAUAUAUAUAUGCUUAUCUAUGUAUAUUUAUUUAAAAUCUUCUCACAGGAAUUUUGCUCCCCUUUGCCUGUCCCCUUUUUGAAAUAAAUGUGAUCUUUUUAUGGUCGUUACCUCGGUGAGAAGAUAAGUAUUAAAUGCUACUAAAUACUAAUAUUUAGUAUUAAAUGGAAAAUAAUUCACUUUCCUACAUACAUACACAGAAAAUCUGAAUUUCAGAUGAUUUAGUCAGAAUGGCUAGAAUUACUUUUAUUCCUAGCCCCUACUUCCUAACCCCAAUUGUUAAACACACUCCUAAAAGCCAGAUUUCAAAUGCCAGACUAAAUUUUAUAUGGAACACAUUCAUUGCAUCUUGAUUUGGGGUAGCAACUAGGACAUUUUCCUCAAAACAGGUUGAAUUUUGUUAUCAGAUAGCUCUUUAGUGAAGUUUUAUGAAUCAGGAACCCUGUUCUUAUUUUUUAAGGCUAAAAUGGGUAGUCUUUUACAAAUUAUAGUACUUUUCUAAUAACUGCAUUAGGGGAAAAGGUGAUAAUUGAAGAAAUAUUUCUUUCUUAACAAUAAUUUGACCUAAAUUAUUAAAUAGGAAUAUACUUCCGUUAAAUUGAUCAUACAUGUCUUAUUCUACCCCCACCCCUCAGAAUAGUGAGCCAUUUCGAUUCCCUGCUUUACAUUUUUAUUAAUGUGUGAGACCAGCAGAGAUAAUUAGUGUCUUUACUUCACAGUUGCAAAACUUUCAGAGUUCCAUAAAUUGAAAGUAAAAAUAUGAAAUUAAAACUAGUAUUUUAUUUAUUUCCUUUAAGUAGAGUUUCAUUAAUGCCUUUUGUUGUUGUUUGAUUUUAUUUUUUCCCCUUUGAAAGAGAAUCCUGGACUGUAUAUAAUGUUAGCUUCUCUUCUUGUUUCCUCUCACUCAGAGGUAAAAAUAAUUGUAUAGCUCAAAAUUAAGCUUUUAGUUAAUCUUUCAGCUUAUAAAUUGGUGUGAGCCCUCUUUUUACUCCAUUUUCAAUACUUGAUAAGACUUUAAAUGUUCACUUAUUUCUAAAGAACCAAUUUUUUUUAAAAGAGCCUAAAUUAAUAUGUUGAUAUUUAAGGGGCUUGGGAGAGUAGGUGGUAAGACUGUAUAUUUUUAUGGUAAAAGGAGAUUAGCUACCUUUCAGGAAAUUAGUGAACAACCUUCAUCAGUGUUCUGCUUUCUUAGAGUUUCCAUUACUGGAAGGUUAACUUCCAUUAAGUUUGAAGUAUUUUUAAAGGUAUUUCAAGUAUAUCUGAGAUAAUCUUUGAAACAGAAGUAGUCAGACAGUGUUUCUGUUAUGAGAUAAGGAAAAUUCCUCUGUACUAAGUGUCAGGCAAUGAAAAUACAAGUUUUUAUGUAGGAAACUACAUCUCAUUAAGAAGAUGUGAACUCUCUUUCUGGGUUGGUUUAUUUUUACAUUUUGUAUCAAAAUACAAAGAACAGCCUCAGAUCUAAGCAAGGGUAGCUUACUUAUCCUUAAUAAAUUCUGAGCAGCUCCUCUGCCUCUUUGAGAAAAUCUUCAUUUGGUUGAUGGCUGCAUUGAGUCGUUCAUCCAGAACAGGGUCUUUAUGAUUUGCUCAGAGUCUAAAAUUACCUUUUUCUUUUAGUUAACUUUUAAAAACCCUUCCUCCUAAAUAUGUGGCUUGAGAAGAAGGUAACAGUAAAAUGAGUGAGAAUUCUUUGAGUUUAUAUUUACUGGCUGCUGAACGAUAAACUGCAGCCCAGUUGUUAAUUGCUUUGUGUUUAUUUUCAUUAUUUUUAAGUCCUCAGUAUUCAUUCUUAGUUUUUGUUGUUUUUUAUAGUGUAAUGUGAUAAUAUAAAGUUACUUUGCCUGGACACAAAUGAGGUAUAAAACAUCAAUUUUUAUCUAGAGGCUUUGCCUUCAAUUCCAAGUGUGGGGAGAAUAAUGAAUGUCAGUAAAGGCAGAGAUGAUAACUGGGGGCUUUCUGUCUCAGUCAGGUAGAAAGUGAGUUCUGUUGAUCUGGAGAAAGGAAAAUGAGCCAUCACUGUGUAUUUGUGCACCCUACAUUUUAAUAUUACAUUGGCUAUGUAGAGAGGGUUAUUUUAAGUAUUAGAAAACCAGCUUCUCUUUGUUUCUCUUUUUAAAAAAAUAUAGCUGAUAUACAUCUAGGCCUCAUUUUUAACUUGUUAGAUAUUUAGGUAAGAGUUGUGGUUGAAAAGGAAUUUAUUAUACAAAUAGUUCUGGCAGGUAUGUGAAUGGAGUAUUAAUUUUGCUUAAAAACGGAAGUAUGGUUUCUGCUUUGAGUCACCUCAUCAAAAUAAUCUGUAAAGACUUAUGUGUGAUAAGAAUUUCUUUUAAUUGCUUAUCAGCCACAUACUCUUUCUGGGAUUAGAGUAGGUAAGUCUGUGUAUGAGCUGACCUUCAUUAUCUGCCAGUUGACAGAAGCAGCGUAACGCUCUUGGGGGAACCAGAGCUGCUAGUCAUCGCAGGGUUCGUGACAGCUCUGUCCUAAGACUUGGCCUAUUACAUAGGAUUAUACUUGCUUUCUUAGGCCUCAGCUCUGCACCUGACAGUUUAUGAUGCAGUGGAGCCAAGCUAAGGAACAAAGGUCAUCUAAGGUUGUGGUCAGAGUGAACAGGGUGUUACUAGCACAGAUGGGGUGAUAACCUGGAACUCAAGACAGAGGAGCAGUGGAGAAUGACGGGGGUUUCGUGGCAUUGUAGUUCAAUGAGAUUUUCUAAAUUAUGAAGCUUGAUUCUACAACCAAAAGUAUAGAAAUGGGGGCAGAAUCAUGUCUGCUUAUGCUUUUUAAAAGCUUGUAGUUUAAAUAAAGAUAAUUGUAAAAACUAUACGAGCCUGGUAGUGCGCUCUGCUGAGGGAGAGGAAGAGGCUACUGGGAGUGACUCGGGGAAGGCAGAUGUGAGGAAGGCAGUGCCUCUCUGUCUGAUGGCGGGCUCCGGAAGGGUUCACUGCCUCUACCAGCAUCCAGCAUAAACCCGAGAUGAGAAAUGUACUCAACGUGUGUGUGUGAGUGUGUGUGUGUGAGUGUGUGUGAGUGAUUGUUAUUCUAAACAGUUUGUAAAUAUUGCAGUUGUUUAAAAUGGAAAAUAAAAGCUGAGAUUGUAUUUUUUUUUCUUUGCAAAUAUAUUGCAUCAAAAAUACAGUAUCGACAGUGGAUAAAACACUGAGGAAAUAAAUUUCUUUUUCCAUUU